CUCUGGACACUGCUGCUGGAAGGCACUUCCUGGCGGUGGGACCCUGCCUGCCCAGGGUCCUUACCUCCCCAAGGGCCCUAUGCACCUGGGCUGUGGGAGGGCUCGCUGGAGUUGGAAGCACGGUUAGUCCAGUCAAUAAUUCACAGCUGAGCACCCCCACCCCGGGCCCCUAGGGGGCUUGAAGGGCAGGUGCCUCCGGCUUGUGUCCGCCUGGCAGCGUCGGGACGGACAGAGGGAUGGGCCUCGCUCCCCCGGCUUCAGCUGACCGCCCGGCAGUCCAGCUGUCUGGCCUCAGUUUCCCUUGCAGGGGGAGGGCGAGACCGGGCGGGGAGGAAAAGGGAAGGAGGGCUGCUGAGUCACGCUGAGGCUGCAGCUCCCCGCAGGACUUCCGCGUACCGGCCCCGCCCCGUCUGCCCACUGCCCCGCGCCCUCCGGGAUCCUGCCCCGAGCCUCCGAGGGCGUAAAGCGGGCUCACUGGUGGGCGGACGCUGACGACGGCAACGUGGGCCUCUUUGUGGUGGCGGGCGUGGUGCAGCGGCUCGGCCCGAGGCUGCUGCGCGCUGCCCUGAAGCUCGGGCGGCGCUGGCCGGCUGCCGGAUUCAUGGAGCCCAAGUCCUGUCCCCUCUCGGGCCCAGGCGGCGAGCCCGCCGCUACCUAUGACUUCCUGGUCAUUGGCGGCGGCUCGGGCGGCCUGGCCAGCGCCCGGCGGGCGGCCGAGCUUGGCGCCAGGGCCGCGGUGGUGGAGAGCCACAAGCUGGGCGGCACCUGCGUGAAUGUUGGAUGUGUGCCCAAAAAGGUCAUGUGGAACACAGCGGUCCACUCAGAAUUCAUUCAUGAUCAAGAGGAUUAUGGAUUCCAGAGCUGUGAUGCCAAGUUCAAUUGGCGGGUGAUCAAGGAGAAGCGGGAUGCCUAUGUCAGUCGCCUGAACACCUUCUAUCAAAAUAACCUCACCAAGUCUGAAAUAGAAAUCAUUCGGGGUCACGCAGCCUUCACAAGUGACCCUGAGCCCACCGUGGAAGUGAAUGGGAAGAAGUACCGAGCUCCCCACAUCCUGAUCGCUACUGGGGGGGUCCCAGCCCUGCCCAGUGAAGACCAAAUCCCUGGUGCCAGUUUGGGAAUGACUAGUGACGGCUUCUUCCAACUGGAAGAUUUGCCAAGGCGCAGUGUGAUCGUGGGUGCUGGCUACAUUGCUGUGGAGAUCGCUGGCAUUCUGUCGGCCCUGGGCUCCCAGACAUCUCUCAUGAUUCGACAGGACAAGGUACUUCGAUCUUUUGAUGCAUUGAUUAGUUCCAAUUGCACCGAAGAGCUGGAGCAUGCCGGUGUUGAGGUCCUGAGGUACUCCCAGGUCAAGGAAGUGAAGAAGACCUCCUCGGGCUUGGAACUGACCGUGGUGACAGCCAGGCCCAGUGGGAAACCCACCUUCUGCACGGUCUCUGACGUGGACUGCCUGCUGUGGGCCAUCGGCCGCACCCCAAACAUCCAGGGCCUGAACCUGAACAAGCUGGGCAUUCAGACCGAUGACAAAGGGCACAUCGUGGUCGAUGAGUUCCAGAACACCAACAGGAAGGGCAUCUACGCUGUUGGGGAUGUGUGUGGAAAAGCCCUUCUGACUCCAGUUGCAAUCGCUGCUGGAAGGAAACUUGCCCACAGACUUUUUGAAUGCAAAUUGGACUCCAAACUAGACUAUGAAAACAUCCCAACUGUUGUCUUCAGCCACCCACCAAUUGGCACAGUGGGACUCACGGAAGAUGAAGCCAUUUCUAAAUAUGGGAAAGAAAAUGUGAAGAUCUACCUGACUUCCUUUACCCCUAUGUACCACGCGGUGACAAGAAGGAAAACCAAGUGUGUGAUGAAGCUAGUAUGUGCCCAAAAGGAAGAGAAGGUGGUGGGUAUCCACAUGCAAGGAAUUGGGUGUGAUGAGAUGCUUCAAGGCUUUGCAGUGGCUGUGAAAAUGGGGGCCACAAAGGCUGACUUUGACAACACCGUGGCCAUCCACCCAACCUCUGCUGAAGAGCUGGUCACACUCCGCUGAAAGAGGAAGAAUCUUGGGGACCACUGCCAGAGGCCAGACACCUCUUUUCUUGUACCUAUUUUGUAGACUGUUAAUUUUAGUCAAGUUCUGUUAUGGUCAAAACACUUUUCAGUAAAUAGUAGAUACAAUUUCUGUAA